AUGGUAUCUGCCGGGAUCGUUAUGCAGUUUCGUUCAGUUUUUGUCACAGCCGGUCGACACAGGACGACACAAACAGAUCUACACAUAGAAGGUCCAGUUGUAAAUCCUCAUCUGUUUCGCUAUCUUUUGAAUCCCAAGACUUUCUGCAGCAAAAAGGAUAUAUUCAUCAUAGCAUACGUUCACAGUACACCGGACCAUUUCGAGAAACGAGACGCAAUUAGACAAACAUGGGGCAAAAUGAAGUAUUAUCUGAACAAAAGGGCUGAGGUAGUUUUUAUCAUGGGACAAGUCGCAAACACAGGAGUGAUGACGUCAGUGAGGAAUGAGUCGGGUAUCCAUGGAGACAUAGUCCAGGAGGAUUUCGUCGACAGUUAUCGUAACUUAACCUACAAGGCGAUCGCUGGAUUGAAGUGGGUGUCCACGUUCUGUAGACAAGCUGUGUAUGUUUUAAAAACAGACGGUGAUAUUUUUGUUAAUGUAUAUGCGCUUGUGAAAUACAUGCAGUCAACUGCUGAAUUACGAUAUGCAAGAACUAAACUAAUCCAAUGCAUUGUUUGGCAAAACAUGAAAGUGAUACGCAACAACAGUUCUAAAUGGUACGUGUCCAAAGAAGAAUUCUCGCCGAACGUGUAUCCGCCAUAUUGUUCCGGUUCUGCGUAUUUGAUGAGCUCUGGCGUCACAGGGAGAUUGUACAGGACAUCGUUGACCACUCAGUUCUUCUGGGUGGAUGAUUAUUACAUUACUGGUUUGCUUGUACACAAGCUGAACAUCACGCACAGGCCGUAUAACAGAGCUUACGUUUUUGAUAAUUCCCGUGUGUUGGAAGAGUUAAACAACACCAAACACCAUUCAUAUGUUUUCUUCCAUGUAAACGUUCCCAUGAUGUUUAAGUUAUGGAACGUUGUCAUCUCUAGAGAAAGCAAAGACGUGCGUGCCAAACACUAUAAACGUUUAGACCGAUAUUAG